UAUAGAUUUAAACCCAUAUUUUCAAUGUUCAUCAUUACCCAGUCAUUGGAGAAAGAAUAAAUCACUUCGUUUUAUUUUACGUACAAAACGUCAUAUCGAUAUAAAAACAAAUACACGUGUUGUUAUUUUUGCUGGUAAUGAUUAUAAUCCUUGUGCAACACUUAAAAAUAAUGUUAGUUGGUUUCGUGGUGGUCAAGCAGAAUUUAAUGAUUUACGAUUUUUAGGCGCUAGUGGAAGAGGUAAAAAAUUUACAUUAACUAUAGUUAUUGAAACAACACCACCGCAACAAUGUACUUAUCGUCGCGCAAUCAAAAUAACAGUUGACGGUCCAAGAAAGAAACGUGACUUGAAAGUGAAGUCAGAUGUGAAUGAAAUUCAAGCAGAUGAAUCGAAUAUUGAUGGUGAAUCGGAUAAUGAAACAAAUACAACAAAUUAUUCGAUGACAACUGAAUCAAAAUCAUUCACAAGUCAAGGAUCAUCUGGAUUACUUUUGCUUGCUGCUGCAGCUGAACAAAAGCGAAAAGAUGACGAAGAUAUACCAAAUAAUCGUCCAUUUCAAUCAGCUCCAAUGGAAAUCACAUAUUCAUCAAAAUUAAGUGAUACAAGUUCUCCCAUAACCAGUUGUCUUUCUCCAUCAUCAUUAGCUUCACAAUUUUCACAAUCCAUCGGCUUUUCUCCAACAUCAUCAUUAGAUGAUUUCAAUUCUCAUUUAUCACGUCAUGUCUUUUUACCUAAUCAAAAUCAAUCAAAACCAACAACAAUUCCAUUAACGUCUAAUUCACCAACAACAAAUUUAAUAUUUAGUUUAACACAAACACCAAAUCAUUUCGAUUUUUUUCAGCAUCAUCAACAACAACAAAGACAUGAUCAACAACCUAUUGUUGAAACAUCCAAUAAUACUUCAUCGACAAAUACAACAACUAAACAUGUUUUAUGUCGAUAA